CGCUGUGACAUCAGCGCCAAGAUGGCUGCGCCCUGAAGCUUUUCCCUCCUACCCUGAAUUUCUGCGGCUAGCCUGCGUCAGAUUCAGGGUCAGACUCUAACUUUCUCCAGCUAUGUUUUCUCUGCGCGGUUGUGGUCCCUGUGUCGCGGCUUCUUUCACCAAAAAGCACCUUCCGUUGCUCCGUUUCAUCGGUGACAGCGCGGCGCCUCUGAGUACGAACUUUGACGUGGUAGUCAUUGGCGGAGGACAUGCCGGGACCGAGGCAGCCGCGGCUGCUGCUCGGUGCGGCUCCCGAACUCUGCUACUCACCCAUCGCGUGGACACGAUCGGUCAGAUGUCCUGUAAUCCUUCCUUUGGUGGCAUUGGCAAGGGGCAUUUAAUGAGGGAAGUUGAUGCCUUGGAUGGCCUGUGUUCUCGAAUCUGUGACCAAUCUGGUGUACAUUACAAAGUAUUAAACCGGCGUAAGGGACCAGCUGUUUGGGGUCUGAGAGCUCAAAUUGAUAGGAAACUCUAUAAGCAGAACAUGCAGAAAGAAAUCCUAAAUACACCACUGCUUACUGUUCAGGAGGGAGCUGUAGAAGACCUUAUUCUUACAGAACCAGAGCCUGAGCACACUGGGAAAUGCCGUGUCAGUGGUGUGGUUUUAGCGGAUGGAAGCACAGUACAUGCAGAGAGUGUGGUUCUGACUACCGGCACGUUCCUGAGAGGCAUGAUUGUAAUCGGAUUGGAGACGCAUCCCGCGGGGCGUUUAGGAGAUCAGCCUUCCAUAGGGCUGGCUCAGACUCUGGAGAAGUUGGGGUUUGUGGUGGGAAGAUUGAAGACUGGGACUCCACCCCGAAUUGCCAAAGAGUCCAUUAAUUUCAGCAUUCUAAACAAGCAGACACCAGAUAAUCCAUCCAUACCAUUCAGUUUUAUCAAUGAGACAGUGUGGAUUAAGCCAGAAGAUCAGCUGCCAUGUUACUUGACUCACACCAACCCUAGAGUGGAUGAGAUUGUCCUUGAGAACCUUCACCUUAAUAGUCACAUUAAGGAGACUACAAGAGGACCCCGAUACUGUCCAUCCAUUGAAUCAAAGGUUUUGCGUUUUCCAAACCGUCUACAUCAGAUUUGGCUGGAACCUGAAGGAAUGGAUUCUGACCUCAUCUACCCCCAAGGGUUAUCUGUGACACUACCGGCUGAAUUACAAGAGAAAAUGAUCACGUGCAUCAAAGGCUUAGAGAAAGCUAAAAUGAUUCAGCCAGGCUAUGGUGUUCAGUAUGAUUAUUUAGACCCCCGUCAGAUCACUCCUUCUCUUGAGACUCAUUUGGUGCAACGGCUCUUCUUCGCUGGCCAGAUAAAUGGCACUACUGGUUAUGAGGAAGCUGCAGCUCAAGGUGUGAUAGCUGGAAUCAAUGCAAGUCUUCGGGUCAAACGCAAGCCUCCUUUUGUCAUCAGCCGAACAGAAGGCUACAUAGGGGUCUUGAUUGAUGACCUCACCACGCUGGGUACCAAUGAACCCUACCGCAUGUUUACAAGCCGCGCAGAAUUCCGUCUGUCACUGCGCCCUGAUAAUGCUGACAGCAGGCUCACGUUCCGAGGGUAUAAGGAGGUUGGCUGUGUGUCCCAACAACGAUAUGAAAGAGCUUCUAGGAUGAAGACUUCUUUGGAAGAAGGCAUUUCUGUGCUAAAAUCCAUUGAGUUUUCAAGUUCUAAAUGGAAAAAAUUAAUUCCAGAGGCUUCUAUAAGUAUUGGGAAAAGUCUGCCUCUCAGAGCUCUAGAUGUUCUGAAGUAUGAAGAAGUUGACAUGAAGUUGUUAGCCAAGGCUGUUCCAGAGCCUUUGAAGAAGUACAUUAAAUGUAGAGAGCUAGCUGAAAGGCUGAAAAUAGAAGCCACUUAUGAAUCAGUGUUGUUCCAUCAGCAACAACAAAUAAAGGAAGUUCAGCGAGAUGAAGCUCUCCAGCUGCCAAAAGACCUAGAUUAUUUAACCCUCAGAGAUGUGUCUUUGUCUUACGAAGUUCGAGAGAAGCUACAGUUCAGUCGCCCAGAAACGAUUGGGGCUGCUAGUCGUAUACCUGGAGUGACCCCUGCUGCCAUCAUCAAUCUGCUUCGAUUUGUGAAGACUUCUCAGCAAAGACAGAUGGCUGUGCAUGAAUUGCCCAGAACUGAUCAAUCAUUAUGUGAUACAGACAGACUUGAAGAGAGACAGUUAUAGCUUUAUAUUCAUAGAUGACUUUUAAGUAGUACAAGAGUAUAGAUAGGAUAUAAGAAGUAUUUAUAUUUAGCACCUAUUAAAAUAAACUUACUAGGUUAUUAUGGAUUUGUCACUAAUUUAUGAAGAGGGCAGAGAUUAUAACUGUGCUUUUUUAUGUAUCUGAGAAAAGUUAUAAAGUCUUUAUCAGGGGCACCUGGGUGACUCAGUUGGUUAAGCUACUGCCUUCAGCUCAGGUUAUGAUCCUGGAGUCCCAGGAUCAAGUACCACCACAUCAGGCUCCCUACUCGGCAGGGAUUCUGCUUCUCCCUCUCUCUCUCUCUCUCUCAUUCUCUCUCUCUCAAAUAAAUAAAUAAAAUAUUUUAAAAAUAUAUAGUCUUCAUUAAUCUACAAUGAGCCUAUUAAUGUAACUGCAGUAUUCAUCAGAGAGAUAAUAGUGGACCCACAACUAAACCUGAAGAAAAAUCUCAACUUCUCAAAAUCUCAUGACCUGAGCUGAAGGCAGACGCUUAACUGACUGAGCCACCCGGGCAUCCCAUGGCCAUGAUUUCUUAACACUAAAGACAAAUCCAUAGUAACUGACUAGUGUUUCCCUGUUUUUAAGUCAGAAGUGACAGAAAAACUGAAAUGUGCUGGCAUUUCUCUUCCUCUUCAGCACUUCGAUUCUGUGUUGUCACAACAUUUAGGGUGGGAUGACUGCCUGGGUCCUUUGGCUGGCUGGUUCAGACAUCUCAGCCUUUCUGUGUAGGCUAGAGGAUGAAUACAGACAAGCAGACCAGAGAGCCUUGCUUAUCCCUGGAAAUGUCAACUCGUAUCUCUGGAAUCAGUCAAGGGAGAAGCUCCCAUGUCAGCUUCAAGCCAAAGCAGAUAUUUAAGACAGCACCAAGGGCCCUGAAGUCACUCUGGCCAUAGGUCUAUGUGUUAAGCCUGAUUAUGGGUGUGAGGCAGCCAAACACCUUAUUGCUAUAAUCAGAUAUGGCUACUUGGAUGUAGCUCAGUUUUCAUGUUUUGUCUAAUUUUAGUCUUUCCAUUAAAGUAGUCAAUAUCAGUAGCAAGUAAAAAGUAUUUGUAAUAUUGGA